UAUCUCUUUAUUCAUCUUUUAGAUAAGAAGACACUUGCAGGCAAAAUGAAAAUCAUUUUUCUAUUUGCGUUCUUCGCUCUGGUGUCAACCAAAGCACUGGAUCAAUCUGUGCUUGAAAACCAAUCACUACAAGAUUUUUAUGACUGUCGUCCGGGUGAAAAAUGUGCUGACAAAUUAGUGAGUGCCAGCGAUAAUUUUCCAGAGGCUGUCGAAAAAGCUUGCCCGAAAUGCAGCUCUGAACAAAAAAGUAAAAUGGCGGCGUUUGUCGAUGCAAUAAGCAAAGGAGUAUCUUUGGAAGAAGCGAAGAAAUUAUACAAUCCAGAUAACAAAUAUUUUGAUAUUGUCGAUAAUCCCAAUACAAGUUUCACUUUUGAUGCGACCGUUAGUGCAUCCUAAAAUUGAUCAUUAUAUAUCUAACCUGCAACGUUUACCCAUUUUUUUCAAACUCCAUUAGGUAUAGAUUUAAAAUUAUUAUCUACGGAAUCCAAA